AUGAACACACCUUGCAGAUCAAAUAAAAAAAUUGCAGGCAAAACAACUCACUACUGCUCAGAGUGUGGAAAGAGUUUUAUUCAACACAGUAGUCUCCAGAGACACCAGCGCAUUCACACAGGAGAGAAACCGUAUCACUGCUCAGAGUGUGGACAGAGUUUUACAGAAAGUGGUAACCUCAAAAGACACCAGCGCAUUCACACUGGAGAGAAACCAUAUCACUGCUCAGAGUGUGAAAAGAGUUUUACUACACAGAGUCAUCUCCAAACACACCAGUGCAUUCACACAGGAGAGAAACCGUAUCACUGCUCAGAGUGUGGACAGAGUUUUACAGAAAGUGGUAACCUCAAAAAACACCAGCGCAUUCACACAGGAGAGAAACCAUAUCACUGUUCAGAGUGUGGAAAGAGUUUUACUACACAGAGUCAUCUCCAAACACACCAGCGCAUUCACACAGGAGAGAAACCGUAUCACUGCUCAGAGUGUGGACAGAGUUUUACAGAAAGUGGUAACCUCAAAAAACACCAGCGCAUUCACACAGGAGAGAAACCGUAUCACUGUUCAGAGUGUGGAAAGAGUUUUACUACACAGAGUAGUCUCCAAACACACCAGCUCAUUCACACUGGACAGAAACCUUAUCACUGCACUGACUGUGGGAAGAGUUUUACUACACAGACUAAUCUCCGAACACACCAGCGCAUUCACACAGGAGAGAAACCGUAUUACUGCUGUGAGUGUGGAAAGAGUUUUAUUCAGCAGAGUAAUCUCCGAACACACCAGCUCAUUCACACAGGAGAGAAACCAUAUCACUGCUCAGAGUGUGAACAGAGCUUUACUCAACACAGUAGUCUCCAAAGACACCAGCGCAUUCACACAGGAGAGAAACCGUAUCACUGCUCAGAGUGUGGACAGAGUUUUAGACAAAGUGGUUCCCUCAAAAAUCACCAGUGCAUUCACUCCUGAGAGAACAUCACUGCGCAGAGUUUGGGAAGAGCUUCAGUCAUUUAAAUU